AUGCCCCGGGAGAGAUAUGAGUAUCCACUUUUUGCUGCUGUAGCAAGCGGCAGUAAAGAAACUGUUGCUGCCGUCUUGAAUCUGCCUUCAAGGAUUCAACAUGGAGUUGAUAUCACUGAGGGUAUCGUGUGCAAAAAAGAUUCUAAGGAAUUCAAAAGUCGAACUCCCUUAUCUUGGGCCGCGCAAAGCGGCCACACAGAGAUUUUCAAGCUACUCCAAGCAGAGCAAACUGUUCAUGAAGUAGAUAAGGCGGGGUAUACUGCACUCGCACGGGCCUUAAUGAAUGGCCAUGAGGCAAUAGCGAAACUCUUGAUCGAAAAAGGGGCAGAUAUCCACGCUGUUGACAAAGAUGGAUGGACAUCGCUUCACCGGGCCUUAGCGAAUAGCCAAGAGGCAAUAGCGAGACUUCUGAUCGAAAAAGGAGUAGACAUCGACGCUGCUGAUAAAAAAGGAUGGACAUCGCUUCACCGGGCCUUAGCGAAUAGCCAAGAGGCAAUAGCGAGACUUCUGAUCGAAAAAGGGGCAGACAUCCAUGCUAUUGAUAAACUUGGAUGGACAUCGCUUCACCGGGCCUUAGUGCAUGGCCAAGAGGCGGUAGCGACGCUUCUAAUCGAAAAAGGAGCAAAUAUCCACGCUGUUGAUAAACUUGGAUGGACACCGCUUCACUGGGCCUCAUCAAAUGGCAACGAGGCAGUAUCAAGGCUUCUAAUUGAAAAAGGGGCAGACAUCCAUGCUUUUGAUAAACUUGGAAGGACACCGCUUCACCAGGCCUUAGCGAAUGACCAAGACGCAAUAGCGAGACUUCUGAUCGAGAAAGGGGCAGAUAUCCACGUUGUUGACCAUGCUGGACGGACGUCGCUUCACUGGGCCACUAACUGGUCAUAA